AUGGGUCGUUAUCCCAUCGGCCUGAGCGCUCUUGUCGUUCUCUUUCUGACUUUGGCAAUUGGAUUCGCCGACGCCAACGCUGGCGCCGCCUCUGAACCAGCCAAUGACCUAGAUAAACGUGCACUCUGGGAGUCGAGGCAUAAACGCCUCGCUAGACGACUUGAGUCGACAUAUCGUAUUCCGUUCACGUUUGGAAACCGCAAGAAGUGGAAGUUUACCGAGGAGGAACUGAAGAACGUUCAUCCUAAUGGUUUGACCUCUUCUACUGGCUCGAAAUCGGGGAUUUUGAACAAACCGGCGACGGAUGUUCAGGGGAGGACGAUACCAGACUAUGAUGUCCUCUAUGAGUAUGACCAGCUGGUUGAUCAUAAUAAUCCGGAGUUGGGGACGUUCAAGCAGCGGUAUUAUCAUACUUGGGAGUUCUACAAGCCUGGCACUCUGGCGGAGCAACUGAACGGGGCUGUUGUCCUCCUCGAGCACCGCUUCUACGGAGCGUCCAACCCAUACAACAACUUCAGCACCUCGGUCUUCCAACAAGUCCACACGAUCGAACAAGCGAUGGACGAUUUUGUUGGGUUUGCGAGGGGAGUGGAGCUGCCCAUGGCUCGGGCUUUGGCGCUCGGUGGGAUUGGAGACCCUGAUUCCGUCGGUGGGAGGGAGAAGCUACAGAAGGUGAUUACUGGGAGGCGAUUGAGUGAUUCGGAGAAGAGGAAGGUGGAGGAGGAAGUGAGGAAGUUGAGGCCUGAUAGGACGCCGUGGGUUAUGAUGGGUGGGAGUUAUAUGGGCGCGCUUACCUCGUGGACUAUGAAUGAGAGGCCGGGGACGUUUUGGGCGGGGUAUAGCAGUAGUGGAGUUGUUCAGCCUUUGGCGUGCGUUCAGUUCUGGUUGCACCUUUUGUUGUCGAUGACUUACGAGGGUUCCCGCAGAGACUUUUGGCAGUAUUGGUCCCUUGUUGCGCAUUAUAUGCCUCAGAACUGCACCACCUCGGUUGCGUCUGUGAUAUCCUAUAUCGAUUCCACGGUGGAUACUUGGAUGGAAACGGGGAAUGGAACGGAGUUGGAGCAGGUACAGAGGGAUUUUGGGAUGCCUGGUGUAGAUGUAGUGUUGUUUCUGAACAUGCGUGAAUGGCAAUCUCUGGAUGUCACUUCCGAAGAAAGGGGUGGCUCCUAUUUCUACGAAUUCUGCGACUUGCUGCAAACAUCGAGUAAUGGAACUGUCAACUCGAUAUGUCAAUAUGCCUUCCCGGAAGCCUUUGGAUCUACUUCCACUGACUCCAUCAACGCAACCGCCCAAGUCGAAGCUGCCAACUCGCGGGUCGACUCGACUUCGCAGAAACUCAAGGGGUGGAAGUCGACUGCUGAUAGAUUGUUUGUGGUGAACGGUGCGAGGGAUCCGUGGUUGGAAGUGACGUGGUCGACGAGUUUGCCAUUGAGCCAGACAGAUUUGCCGCCUUCGACGAAUGCGAGUAGUGAACUGUUGAUGCCGAGGUUUGAGGGGUAUGCUUUGUAUGAUAGUAACUCUAACGAGGGAUCGAGUACGAGAGGUUCGGACGAUACGACGGGCAAUGGACUCUUCCCCUCUAGCCCCACUCGGCCGAUAUACCUGACGGAUGGGUUCCAUUGCAGCGAUAUGCAGGGGGUGAAUGCGGGGGCGGAUGAGAGUAUUGCGAGGGUGUGGGUGGAUGUGGCGGAGAGGUUUGGGGAGUGGGUGGAGGAGUUUGAAGUGGAGUGGACUGAGGUUGAUGGGGAGGGUGGGGCCGCUACUGGGCUGAGAGCAUCCCGGAGGGUGGGAGUGAUAUGGGUUGUAAUUGCUGCUGGUAUAUUUGGUAUCUUUUGGCUGUGA